AUAAAGGCAGAUGCGCCGUGCAUUCUUGGUAUCACGUAUUGGUCGUCGUUUAAGGACGAAAGGGUCAGGAAUCGUAAUCGUUCGCACGAAGAGUCCUCGCUAUGAAGACGAUCCUAAUCUUCGUGGCAGCGAUAGUGGGAGUUCUCGCGGCGCCUCAAGGUAGUCCAAACGAUAUCACGAUCGUGAAGCAGGAAGAAUCGAACAACAUCGGAGUGGGUGGAUAUCAUUUUAGUUACGAACAAAGCGAUGGCCAAAAGAGGGAAGAAACAGCGGAACUGAAGAACGAAGGUACCGACGAUGAAGCCCUAGACGUUUCCGGUAGUUUCACGUUCACAUCGCCAGAUGGGCAUACUUACAGGGUCGAUUACACCGCCGAUAAGGAUGGAUUCCACCCUACGAUCAACCUCGUUUCCAAAUAAACUAAUCUAAGAACCGAAGUUCUGCGUUACCGACGUUACCUAGGAUUUUCCGACCAUCGAUACACACAAAUAUAAGUGCAUUACAAUACUCUGUACCUUAAAAUAACGUGGCACGCGAUUCACUGACCGAUAAACGCGAGAUCGAGAAAGGUAUCGGCUCGAGACGAUCGAUCCUUGUUCUCCCAUGUCUUUGUAUAUCCACAUUCUUGCAUCUUAUCGCAUUUGCUAUCUUUUUCGUUCUUAUUCGUUAACACAUUACCGACCGAUAGCCUAUCAAUCGACUGUUUUACCGACCAACGCUUACCGGCUGAGAGCCUAUCAAUCGACUGUUUUACCGGCCAACGCUUACCGUCGGUAAAGUGUUAAGAUGAAACGCUGGUAAUCGUUACCAUGCAUCGUAACAAAGAUGGCGCGUGAAAUGGAAUGAUUGUUCUAUUCCGUGAGCAAACGCGAACGAUAUUUAAACUAAAGAACUUCUGGAAGAUUAAAUUUCCAAUUUCCAUUUUUAGUUACGUUAAAAGAAUUAAAUGUGCGCGUGGAACUAUGAAGUAA